UUUGCAACGCCAAUUUCUCUUCUUACGUCUCGAAAAGUCACAGUUUGGCGAAAGGCCUCGAAACAGGUCGAUAAAUCUGAUGUUGUGUACAUAUCUACCUAAAUCUGGUCGUUGUUCACUGGGAUCGACGGCUUGCCUCAUAAACGGGUUGGUCACCGUUCCUGGAUCAAGUACUCGGCAAACGGGACAAGGUUAAGACAGGUGCUGCUAUCUCUUUGCAACUGUAGUCGUGUAGGCUACUCCACAGCCUCGGGACAAACUCCAGCCUGCUGUGAUCCUAUAUUUGGAGAUAAUCCAUGUCCAUUUCAUCAGGCAGAAAUUAUACUGGGGAAUCUAUGUCGUUGCAGUGCUGUGGCAAUAUUACGCUUGAUUAUGACAAUCAUGCCUACAAUUUCAUGGACUCAUCGGUUCACUGAUGCGGCCUGUAAGUUCGGCACUCGCCACACUCGCAUCACAUCUGGUUCUUCUGAUGGCGAUAAGGCUACAUGUAAUCUCACUCUCCUGUCAGCGAACUUUUAGUGCCAUCUUUUGGGCAUUUCUGUCGGUCACCUGGAUGUGUUCUCGGCCUGGAAAGAAAUUCGAGCCUUCCUGUGAGGGCGUGUCUCGGGAUCAGUAUUGUACCUCCGAGUUACGAUCGCGACGCUCGAGGAAAGCGCUGCACCAUAAAGGAGAUCUGCGUAUUUUUCCUUCGGAAGAAAGGUUUUGCUGGACGGAGAUAAUUGGCUCAUCCGGUCAUCCUAAUAUCUCGAUAUUCUCGACGAACGUUAUAAUCUGCUCAAGAGUAAGUAUGAGAUCCGCCCGUGUAGCGCCGACAAGCUCCUGCGCCCUUUUCCGACUCAUUCUUCCACUGCGGACUGUUUGAUGUGUAUUUCCCGUAAGGCA